CAACUCAUAGGAUUUAUUGACAACACACCCUAUAUAUUAUUGAGGCUUUUUAACAACUCUUCUUGGUUUCCAACUCCAAAUUCUCUUGGUUGAUACAUUAAUGGAUCAAAUGCCAGUUAGGGGCAUUCUUGGUAUCCUGGCCACUGCAGGCUCUUUCUUUGCUUUGGGAGCCUAUUAUCAGCACAUUGAUGUGAUGCGAAAUAUUCGAAGACUGGAGCAACGGAACCCUCAUGCCUACUUUAUCCGAAGAAAACUGUACGGAUUGUUAAAUAUCUUUACUGUAAGAGCUGACAGCAAAGAAUUCAGCGAGGAGGGCGAUGACUGCCACAAGUUGGGCGGAAUCAUGAAGUACGGCUUUCCCAGCACAAACGAUAUAAGUCUGAACGAAACCUUUGACUUUGUGACCUCCUUCGAUCGCCGAAACUCCGCCGUUCAGUGGAUGUGCGAGCGGGUGGACAUAUCGGAUAGAAUAAUCUACGGUGAUCCCUUAUCUGUAACGCCAGUUGGAGCCUUCGGUCAGUCCGAGGCAUCGAGAGUGUUUUUCCUCUCGAACAUAAAGCCCUUUCUGAACAGAGGGUUUAAUAUGAAAGUGUGGGACCGAUUGCUUCAGUAUGUCAACGAAAUGAGUCGAAGACAUGGAACGGUGUAUGUCUACACCGGAUCCAUUUACCUGCCCCGUGAGCUGAAGUCCAAUAAUUGGUUCCUGGAGUUCCAAACGGAGGAGAGAACCAUGGUGGCCGUUCCGACUCACUUCUUCAAGAUCCUGGUCAUUGAUCCCAGGUUCGAGGAGGACGCCAUUCCAUAUGCCGAGGCCUAUGUGAUGCCCAACUCCCCGCUGAACAACAAUGUGGAUCUGAAGACCCUUCUCAGCGAUAUUCGUGAUAUAGAAAAUGCCACGGGUCUUCGGUUCUUCGAAGGACUCGAUCGCAACUUUGUCAACACCCAAGUGGCAACCAGCAACCCAGUAAAUAGUCCUCUAGCAAACUCCGCAAAUGGUCCAGUAGCUGGUACUUUGGAAAAUCAUGGUGCCGUCACAUCGAAAAUAUCAAAUAAAUUGUAGAAAUAAAUUAAAUGUCGAUAUAACCACGUUA